AUGGGCAAUAAUAAUACAGAGGAGAAAGACUCUCUCCUGAAUAAAAUGAAGAAGGCAAAGCCUUUCUUUGAAACGGUAUCCACUGAGAAAAAGACGCUGCAACCACAGCAGAUUGAGCUGCAGGAGCACAAAGAGACUGCGCCGCCUGCUCCAAAGCCGCCUGCACCCAGCCAAGCUCUUCUUUUCUCUGCGCCCGGAACUCUCUACAAAAAACAGGAGAGUGGAUGGGCAGAAAUAUCUCCAGGAAAGAUACAGGCUAAGGCGCUUGCUAACAGCCGGGCACAGCUGUGUUUUGUAUUGGAUAAUACUAGAAUAGUGCUAAAUGUUUUGAUCUUAGACCUGGCCCAUAUAAAAGUGGCCAACUCUGCAGUGAUAUUCACGGGACUGGAGGAAAACAGCCAGACAUACACAGGAUGCGUCAAGAUGAAACCACAGGACGCAGAGGGAGUAGAAAGGAUACUUAAGCAGGAGAAAGAAAAAUAG